AUGCAAUAUUUAUUAUAUUUUUUUUUGUGUGUUAUAUUAAAAUGCUUUGUGAGUGGACAAGAAUCUGCAACAAGUUUUUACAAAUUUAUUGAUUCCACUGCAUCUUCUACAUAUAUCUCAGAAGAAUCAGGAAGUUCACUUUAUGAUGCUAAAAGAGCAAUUCAGAAUAAUCCUAAUUAUUGGUGUAGUUCAGGAAAUCAUUCAAAAGAUGAAGAAAUUACAUGGAUUGGAUAUUUAAAUACAAAAGGAUUUAUUAAAGGAGUAAAAAUUUCUUGGGAAUAUUGCCCAGAAUUAGUAAAAAUAUCAGUGUCUGCAGAUGGAGAAAAUUUUAAAACUGUAAUUCCAUAUAAAAGGAUUUCUGGAAAUGAGGCAUCUUUUGAAGAGAUAUAUUUUUUUAAAAAGUUAGAAGAAGUUAUAUCAAUUAAAAUAGGGUUAAAAAAUCCUAUUCACAAAUAUUUUGGUAUAAGAGAAGUUAAGAUUAUUGGUGGAGGAAAUCCAUACUUUUUACUAUUGUCAGGAAUCACAAGUGAGAAUGAAAUGUGUUUACAGGUAGAGGAAGGAUUAAUAAAUAAUGAUAACACUUCAGUAAUUUUAGAUUCUUGUAUAAAUGCUUUAUCUAGCGGUGAUGGAAGAGAAUUAUGGAAAACAAAUUCAAACAAUCAAAUUAUUAGCGCUUUUAGUGAUCCCCCUAAAUGUCUAUCUGUUAUUAAUUUAGAUAAUUUGGAAAAUAAUAAAAUAGUUUUAUAUGAUUGUUUAAGAGCAUUGGAAGAUGGUGACGGAAAAUCCAAUUGGAUUUUUGAGUCUAACUCACAAAUAAGGUUACAAAAAAGUGGAGAAUCUUUAUGUAUUUCUCAGAAAAAUAUUUAUGGAAAUGUACCAGGAAUCCAUGAUAUUCUUCUCAAUUUGGAUGUAUCCAUUGAUUCUAAUUCUAUUUUAGAUAAUGAUCACAAUCCUGAUAAUACUAUAGAUGGAAAUUUGAACAGUUAUUGGGCUUCUGCAACAUUUGCAGAUAAUUACGAACAUUUGGUUUACUUAAAUCUAGACUUAAAUAAAUUAGUAGAAAUAUCAAGAAUAAAAAUUUAUUGGGAAUAUCCACCUUUGCAUUAUAAUAUAGAAGUUAGUUCCGAUAAUCAAAAUUUUAAAGUGAUUGUAGAAAAUUUAGCUAACCCAAGUCAUAUAACUAUAGACACAUUAAAAAAUAUAGAAACAAGAUAUAUUAAAAUAUCAAUGAUUAAACCUCAUCCUAACCAUGGAAAAAUGGAAGAUCAAUUUUUAUAUGGAAUAAGAUCUAUAGAAGUUCAAGCUAACAAUUUAGAAACAGUCAUUGAGUAUUGUAGAGAUGCUGCUAAUUCGGAUGAUGCUAGAGAUAAAUAUUUUGUAGAAUACAUUACAGAAUUUGAUAAAGACUUAACUAAUAAAUUAAUUAAUAUUGAAGAUGAUGUAUCGAAAAAUGUAAAUUCCAUUAGUAACAACUUAUCUAAGCUAGAAGAAUUAUUGCCAAGUAUUGAAACAUGCUUACAAGAAAAAAAAGGAUAUGAUGAAGAAUUAAAAGAAUUUAAAGAAAAAGCAAAUGAAUUAAAUGAUAAACUUUCUUCUUUAGUAUCAGUAAAUUCAGUACACGAUAAUGAUUUAUUAAAAUUAGGUAUAUUUCCUGGUGAUUCUUCAUCAUAUCCAGCUAGCGAUUGCUCAGUAAUAAAAAAUCUUCAAGAAAAUCCACAAUCAGGAUUUUAUUGGAUAAAAGCAAAGUGCUCAUCUGAACCAUUAAGGGUAUACUGUGAUAUGACUUCCAGCACAUCUAUAUAUAUAUGGAAUGGAAAUCCUCCCAAAUCCCCUGAUCAUCUGAUAACAAAUAUUAUAAAUUCAGUUGAUGAUAUAAGAUAUCAUUGUGCUGAAGUAGGUUUAGAGCCAUUGAUUUUAAGAUCAAGAUCUCAAUUAAAUAGUUUAAUAUUAGCAUUAAAAAAGAUAGGAUUUGUUUUAAAUGGAAAAAUUAAUAUUCCAUUAGCUUAUGAUUAUUCUUGCGAUCAUGGUAGCUGCAGUGGAAAGUUUCAUGAUUUAUUGAAUGGCAAUAUUGAUUUAACAACUUUAAUUUAUUUAAAAACAUCUGAAUCACCUGACAGCACAAAAAUUAGACAAACUGCAGGUAUAUCAUAUGAUGAUGGAUCUUUUAAAUUUUUCAAUUUAGAAACAUCAGAUAUAUCUGCAAUAGCCUGUUCGACAAAUUCAACUGAGAAUGAUUCUGCAUUACAAUAUUUGAGCAUAAAUUGUGAAACAACAGCACUAGAAGAUUAUUUUAAUACAAUUAUAAAUACCAAUAUUGUUGUCUUAUGUCCAGUAGGUUGUGAUAAUGAAAAAUUCCAAAACGCUGCAAUAUAUGGCAGUAAAGGAGUAUAUUCUGAUAAUAGUUCUAUUUGUAGAGCAGCAAUACAUUCUGAUAUAAUAGAUACUAAAGGAGGAUUAGUUAAUAUUACAAUUGAAUCUGGAUUAGAUCAUUAUGAUGGUUCAAUAAAUAAUAAUAUAGAGUCUAUUUCAUUAAAUAAAAACAAAAAUGGAUUACUUGAUAUAAUCACUGAAGAAAACAAUGAAAGCAUUAAAGAAGAAAGUAGUAUUUUUCAUCAUAGAACCAUAAGGAUUAAUGAACUUACUGAAGAUUGUCCCAUGGAUCUAUUUCAAUUUAAUCAAACAUCUUUCUUACAAAAGGAAAAUUUAAUGGAAAGAAAAGAAAUAAGAUAUAAUGAUGAAGAAAAUGUAGAAACUGUAAAUCUUCAUGAAUUAAUUUCUGUAUUAUUAAGCAACAUUGAUUCUAUUCAUGGAGUAGAUCCAUCCAUAAUUUCAAAUAUCCAAGAUGAAACAGUAAGGAUUUUAGAAAAAACUAAAAGAGAACUAAAACCAGCUGAUGUAUUAUCUAAAAAACAAAUUGAAGAUGCUAUAAACCUAUACAAUGUAACAGAAAAUUUGACUUUGUAUUUAUAUGAAUUAUCAGAAAAAUAUAUAUAUGAUUUAGAAAAAUUAAAAGAACGUUUAGAGGAGCUAAAAAGAGCCCAAAAGGUUGCAUAUAAUUUUGGUACUUUUAAAUUAAAUUAUGAAACUAUGAAUUUUUCUACUCAUUUCCGUAUUUUUGAUUCAAAAUCUAUGAAGAAUAAACCUAGUACAUGGGGAUAUACAGAUACAAAUAUAUUAGGUCAUAAAAAUAGCAUUGGGCAAACGAAAAGUGUUUCAAACACAGAAAUAGGUGAAGGAUCUUAUGCUAAAUUAAAAGGGUUAAAUUUUUAUGACUCAGAAAUAAUAGUUAGCAUGUUAAGUAGAGGAACUGGUUGCUUAGGUGUGGUAUUUAGAGCUAAAGAUGAUUUUAAUUUUUAUUUAUUUGACAUAUGUAAUAGAGGUGUAAAAAGAUUAUCAAAAGUUGAAAAUGGUAAUGUUCACAUUCUAAGAGAAAGUUUUGGAGAAGUUAAUAUAAAUAAUCAAUGGAAUAAAUUCAAAAUAAUAACAAGUCAUGGAAAUAUUGAUAUUUAUGAAGUUAAUGAAGAUUUAGAAGAAGUUAAAAUACUAAGUUCUUUAGAUGAAAGGUUUCUUUCUGGUACAGUUGGUUUAUAUUCUCAAAUUCACGGCCAGGGUUCCUUUUUUGAUGAUCUUGAAAUUAUAGCUCAUCCAUGUUUAGAUUUGUUGAAAAAAAAUAAAAAUUCUGAAAAUUCAAUGAAUAAUUGCCCUUUUUACACGGAAAAUUAUAUGAAUACCAAGUUCCCAUAUAUAAUUAUUAACGAUAUUGAUUAUAGUUGGAGAUUUGAAACUGAUAAUGACAAUCAUUUAUUGUGUUCAAGAAAUAUAAAAGAUGAUGUUUUAGAUGAUAAUAGAUACACUAUAGGACUUUUAAAACAAAGAAAAUGCACUGAAGGUUACUUUACAUUUGAUAUCAAUAUUCCCAACAAAGAUAAUAAUAAUGAAUCAUAUAUAUAUGUUCUUUUUCAUUAUGAAAAUGAACUUAAUUAUAAUGCCCUUGAAAUAAGAUACGAUAGUAUUAGAUUUUUUACAAGAAAUAACAAUAAAAUAGAAGUUUUAUCUGAGUUAAAAGACAAUGAAAAAAUAGAAAGGCUAAAAAUGGAGAACGAAUGGAUAAAUGUAAAAUUGAACUUUUUAAAAUCAAAAUUUCAUGUUAUAAUAAGUAGUAAUGAUUAUCAUUUAGAGCUAGAUGCAGGUAGUUUUGAUAAAAAUAUUAUUCGUCCAGGAAAUGUUGGUUUCUUAGUUUAUAAUCUUAUUGAAGUCAAAUUUGAUUCAAUCUUACUGUCUCCUCCGAUAUCAAAACAAUAUGAAAAUUUUAUUCAGGUUAAAUCUAAAGCAUGGGCAUCAUGUGAAGAAUCCAUACAUGUAUUAAAUAGAAGAUCUUCAUGUGAGACAGAUAUAUAUCCAAAUGAAACAAAAGAAAAGCAUAUUAAUUGCAUAAAGAAUUUUUGUGAGGAAUGUUGUUUACAUCAUACAAAAUUGUUGGAUAGUAAUGAAAAGAAACAAUGCGAAAAACAUUGCAAAAAAAACGAUCAUUUAGCAGCAAAAAUGCAAAAAGUUUUUGAAAAAUUUUUAAAUAAAUGUGUUUCAUUGGAAGAAAAUAAAGAUUAUGAAAAGUGCAAUUCUAACGAUGGAAUUUGCAGAAAUAAAACAUGUAUGUUGUGCUGUAAAAAAAAUGAUCCUACUACUUCAAAAGAAUUGAAGGGAUUAUCUGCGAAUGAAUCAAAAGACAUACAAGAAAAAGAAAUAAUAGAAUGCCAACUACAAUGCAAUCAGAUAUAUACAACAAAUAAAUAA